GAGAGCAAUAGGUUAGAAAGAAGGAAAUGUUUGGCUUCCUUUGUUUUUUGAAAUUAUUUGUGUAGAGUAAUUUGCUUGAUCUUCUUCCCUCGCAAGCAUCUUUGUUGUUGGUAUCAUGUGAAGAAAGGUUUAACAUUGUGGAAUACGUAGGUAGCGGUAUAGGUAUAGGUAUACGUAUGAGGCGAUGUACGUAGGAAUAUAUAUAUAGGGUUUGAGGAUGACGAAGAUUGAUUACGUGUUCAAGGUGGUUUUGAUCGGUGACUCCUCUGUUGGCAAAACGCAACUUCUUGCGCGUUUCGCCAGGAAUGAAUUCAGUGCCGAUUCUAAAGCAACAAUUGGUGUUGAAUUUCAGACCAAAACUCUCAUCAUUGAUACCAAGACCAUCAAGGCUCAGAUAUGGGAUACCGCUGGCCAAGAAAGGUACCGAGCAGUUACUAGUGCAUACUAUCGAGGUGCGCUUGGAGCAAUGAUAGUUUAUGACAUGGCUAAGAGACAAUCGUUCGAACACAUGGCUAAGUGGUUACAAGAACUGAGGGACCACGCUGACAAGAACAUUGUUGUGAUGCUUAUUGGAAACAAGUGUGAUCUUGCAGGACUCAGAGCGGUUCCAACUGAAGAUGCAGAGGAUUUUGCACACAGGGAGAACCUCUUCUUCAUGGAGACAUCAGCUCUUGAUUCCACUAAUGUUGAAACUUGCUUUAUCACCAUUCUAACUGAGAUAUACAAAAUUAAUGCCAAGAAACCACUUUCUGGUGCUGAUGAUCUCAAUGGUACUAGUCUCAGGGGAACCACCAUAAUUAUUAAUAACCAUGAUGAUGAUGCUGGAAAAGGUUGCUGUUUGUCCUAGCUUUUAUUUUCUUUCUUUCUCCCUUUAUGGGUGUUUAUACAGAUUGAGAUUGGUGACUAUCUCAUAAAUCAUAAUCAAGCAUUAACCAAAUUCAAACUGUGUAUUUAUUAGUCAUCCAUCACCUUCUUUGCUUUUCUCAAUUUAUAGGUUUAAAUUUGUUAACACUAAAGUUCCCACUUUUCCAUCACAUUGGUUAGACUGUGGUUGCAACAAGUUAGUAUCAGAGGGGUUCUAUUCUAUACACUCAUCAUGUUUCCUAAAGAGCUUUAUUUUUAACCACGAGACCUAAUGUACUAUCAGCUUAAUACACAAUUACACAUGCUACUGUCAGUUAAUUAACUUGUAACUAAUCACUUGCUAUAUCAGCAAAGUUUCUA